AUGAUGGGAUCAACUACAAACUCAAAUUACCUACAACGGAGUAAUGGUGCCAUCUUUCUGGGAUCCUCAAUUGUUUCUCCAGUCUUUGUGGAAGUAAUACCAUUGGCGAUGGAUGUCAAUUCUCAUCAGCCAUCAUUCUCCAACUUUGGCUGCAAACAACACUUGAGACAAUUAACCAAGAGUGCUGGCUUUUCAUUUACUUCUGAAGACACUCCGGGUACGUUAGUGAUUGAAUGGGAAGACGCUACUACCAGCACCACUGCCGAUGGCUUGCGAUCUGGAUAUCUAAUGGACCAAAAGGAGUCGACCCAACGUGUGAUCCUUCCAGGGAAUCCAAAGUCCACCCCUGUCUUUUUUCUGCCCUCGGAAGACCCGUCUGUGUUGGACUUGCUGCCAUGUUGUGUUCGUGUCUACAGUCAACGCAUAAGGACGACCUCCCAACAAUCCACAUCGUUGGUUGCCUUUUCACCCGCUUGCUUGGUGCGGGUCCUUCCAAUCUCGACAGCUCGAUCGGGUACGUAUCAUGCCGACACGAAUCGUUGGAUCAUGGACCUGGCCAAGACCAUGCCAUCUUGGUACCAACAACAACAACUCCUGGAUGCCCUCUCAGCCGAAUCGGGAGAUGAAUUCUUGUCGGAAGAUUUGCUACGAGAAGUGCAAACCAACCAUAAUGAGGAUACAGUUCAUCAAUUGAAAGUGCGACUGUCGUCGUUGUUGUCUGAAAACAUUACGAUUAGUACUACGGCAGAUGCAAGACAGUUACAAAGGGAGCAACAAGAGCGGCGGUUGAAGAUGGCGCAAGCCAUUCGAGGUCAUUGCAAAGAGAAACAAAUACCAUUAAAGCCUCUAGAAAUUGGUGAGACAAGCCAAGAAGGACACAAGUCGCAAAGACAUCCGCUCCAAUGGGAGCCUUCUUUGAUUAUUCAUUCCCCGAAUCAUGCUGACGGCAAGACAUUGCUGGUACAAGCCAUUGCCCAUACCGUUGGAUGCUCCAAAAUUCACCUCAUUCGCCCAGGCGCUCUCUUGGCCAAAUAUGGAAUCUAUGCGGAUGCCGCUCUCGAAUCAUUGUUGCAUUCCAUUGUGAUCAGCUCGGCUGUUCGAGGUGAUUGUAUUUGCAUCAUUCUAGACCACUUGGAUUCGCUCAUGCCAGCACGAUUAUCGGGAAGAAGUACGACGGGAGAUGCAGCAGCUCCAGUCAUGAAUGCAAUUUCAUCGUAUUUACGCAAGGUGACUUCGGUGCUCAAGUCGAGCCGAGAAUGGCCCUUUCCAGUCAAGAACCCCUUAUACAACGCUUACGGAAGUGGGGGUCGGGUUCUAACGGUCAAAGUCGCUUUGGUUGGCAUCGUCACCUGUCCCAAUGAUGGUUGGAAGUCUUUGCAUCGAGAUAAGGGAGGAAGCUCGACCAUUUUGGAAUCCUUAGUGGGUGGCACCUACCGCGUUCAACCGCCGAUUGCGCCCACAAGGCUCCGGGCCUUUGCCACUGCGUUUGAAAAUCGUCAGAUUCGCUUAGAUGACAGUGCCAAGGCGAGACUCCCCAUUGCGGCUGCAUCGGCAGCAUGGGCUAAGGGUGCCGCCUUUGGAAAGGUGGCGAGAAACCUAGAAUCAAUUGUGAAGUCACAUAUUGGCGUUUCAUUUAUGGUUGCAUCGGUUCACAACAUCGAUAUGGCAAUGGCCAUUGCAAAGAGUGGAAGCUCCCAGUUUGCACAGGUCACUUUUCAAGGAACAGAAGAAGAGCAUACGGCUCAUGGCCCAAAAGGUCGAUCGUACUUUGAAUCUGUUGGCGGUAAUGUGGAGGCUAAGAUUGCGCUGGAGAAUGCGCUGGCCUUGGACCCACGCAAGCGAAAGGCCCUUUCCAAGUUUGGUUUGGCGCCACCCGUUGGAAUUCUUUUGUAUGGACCUCCUGGUUGUGGGAAGACUUUACUGGCCAAGGCGGUGGCAAAACUGUUAAAGGCCCCGCCUUCUGAUAGUAGUGCUCCGUCCUUGGGGGGAACUUUUAUUUCUCUGAGUUCCAGCGACAUUGUCCGAGCAGAAAUUGGGACGAGCGAAAAGAUGGUAGCCUCGACAUUUGAAUUUGCCGACAAAAAUGCUCCUGCUGUUAUAUUCUUGGAUGAGUUUCAGGCGCUAUUCACAGAGAGAAGCCGAGGCGGGAGCGGAAAGCUUUCAACAACUUUGCUGCAGUGUUUGGACGAUAUCAAAAGAUGGCAAAGAGUUGACAACUUUGUUCAAGAGAAUGGAAAUAUGGCUAACGAGCAAAAUAACAUUGACGAGCAACCAAGCAAUCGAGUUAUUGUUCUUGCAGCUACAAAUACACCUUGGAUGAUUGAUUCAGCCUUCCUUCGCCCUGGGAGGUUUGAUAGAAUUGUUCACGUCGGACUUCCGAAACCGAAUGAACGCGAGUCAAUUUUGCGGGUUCACAUAGGCAGGAUGAAGGUCGAAGGUGGAGCUGACAUGAUGGAGAAAGUAUGCAGAAAACUGGCAGAGGCGACAGAAGGCUUUAGUGGCGCUGAUCUGGAAGCUCUUUGUCGGUCUGCUGCCGUACGUGCCUUGAUGGACAUUGAUGAAGAUCCAAACCAUAUCGAGCUGACGGAAAGACACUUUGAAAAGGCGUUGGGACAGGAUGUACACGCGAGUAGUGAUGCAGAGCUGGUGGAACGACUUCUAACAUGGCGACUUUGA